AGCUUCGGAGGCUCGUUGGCUGCUAGUUUUUCGCCGCAUAGGUUUGCCGAUAUCAAAAAGGAGAUUAGAUCCAGAUUGUAGAUGCUUCAGAUAUUUACAAGAGGGGUAAAGCAACAGCACUAAGAGUGGCGGUUUACUCUUCGAUAAUUGGAGCUGGGAUAAUUCCGGCUCCUUGAUUUGUCGGCCUAUUGCAUCAAGCAAAAUGGGCGACCUACACGAGAAGCUGGAGGACUCCCUACUUUUUCCGGUCGGAGGAUCCUCACCCGCAGAGGAACGAGAAGAGAAGUCGCACGAGCAACAAGAAUUACCCUUUCGGGUUCUCAUCAACGCCCGCACUGGGUGUGAGGAUGGACUUCGCGCGCUGCUGUCGAGCAACGAGCUCGCGCAGCUGGCGCAAGCGUAUCAUCAGCACCAUGGUCCAUCAGGAGGGGCAGCGACAAGCGCCGCUUCGAAGCCGAUGCCCGUGCAGGUUUUCUUGGACAAGCUGGAGCAAGAAAAACUUCCCGUCGCCACCAGUUUCGCGAUUGAGCAAUUGCAGAAAUACUACGGGACGAAGGGAAAAAAUUGGGGGCAACAUCGAGCAGGGCGAGAAGUAGAUCCAGCGGGUCCAGCGGAAAUGAGAAUGACAACUCCACGAAAUGAUAGUACUUUCGACCCGAUCGUGAAAGUUGACGUGAUAGCACCCGUUGAUUGUGGUGCCACCUACGUGAAGGCGCUGUUGAGAGUGGCGAUGCCCCGGCCGACGUCCGUCCACGUGACGGAGAAGCCGCUGUCACUUCUGGGCCCGGAGAAUUACGACCUGGUCCUGAAUUCCGACCGGUCUUUGGCGCAGCAAGUGAGGUCGCUCUUCCAGCUCGGCCAACAGGGGGCACUGAUCCAAGAGGUCGCCGCCCGAGCGUCGACUGCAGGCUCCUCGUCGGCGGGCCUUGUUGAUUCUUCCUUCUUACAGAAACUGUUGGCGUCAAUCGGAGGUGCAGAUGAAGGUGGAAGUCGAUUUUCAUCCAGCGGCCGUGGCCUGCUGUCUCUGUCGGGUGGCCCCGCGUCAAGCACGCACAAAAGGCAGAUGUCCAACAUAACGACUGGCAGCAGCGUGAACAACGAGCCGCCCAGCAGCCCUCACUUUGGCGCGAUGACGAGUACUCGGGGGGUGCUAGAGCUGGCGCACGGAUCGAAGAAGAGCAUCAGCAAGCAGUCUACGAACAGUUGCGCGGAAGGCCCGCCCAUGAAACGGCUCUCCAGGCGCCCACACGCAGUAGAACUGCGCAACGCGGUGGACCAGCGGGUCCAUGCGGGCACAGCCAAGACGACGAAAAAAAUGAACAAAAAAUCACUGUCCAUGGCCCAGCAAGUCGAGCUGCAGAAACUCCUUCAAAGCAAAGGGCAGGGCGUUGUCGAGCAGCAGCAAGAGAACCACGCCAGCAUUUUUCACGUGAACACAGCGGCACUUAUGGUGCAGCAGCAGGAGGAAGACCGGGAACAAGCGGUCGUUUUACGAAGCGGAACUGCGAGCAAACUUCACACGCCACCACCAUCGCUGCGGAAGCCGGGGAGCCAACUUGCCGGAGUCGAACAAGGUGACUUUUUUCUGGACGCCAUCACUAAAUUGUCCCUCGUGGACGCAGUGCUCGAGCAUUUCCUACGGGUUUACUGCGCUGUUCCUGAACAGAACAUGAUCAAACUCGUUGAGGACGGAGGUGCAAUUGGCGGGGAAGCAGGAUCGGCCAGCUGCAGCAGCAGCACCCAACUGGUGCCUUUCACUCCUGCUGGGCCGCAACCCUCCUCUUUGACGCACAAUUCGCACAAACCCUGGACCAUAGGGCAGUUACAGAUGGAGGAGGCUGCGCGCCGGGGCCAGCAGCUGUCCGCCUUCGACGUUUCAGAAACUUCGGUCGGUGCGGCAAGCGGCAAAAACAGCAAGCUCGACGGCACAGUGCCAUCUCUCCAGCUGAAUAACAUCAAUACCUAUAUCAAUACCAGCACCGAUGAACACGAAGCCGUUGAUGCGGGUAGUUCAAGCCGUGAAAACGGUGCUCUGUUUGGGCAGCAAGUCUCGGAAAAGCUCGCGAAUUUGCGGAAACAGCAGGAGCGCACGUCUUGCGGAAGCGCUGCUUUCGGAACUGGUGGCAGUAGCUCGUCCUCCACCGCUCUUGUCCCGCCGUUUCCGAAUUCACUCCUCUCGGCAAAGUACACGAAAUAUGUGCUUUGCAUUGCUUUUCACAUCGAGUCAGACAGUUUUGAAUGCGAUUCUCAUAUUUAUUGCAAGCGGAUUUCUGCACAGCAAGUCCAACUCCAAUAGCGCAACUUGUCAAUACGUAAACGGACCUUUUGCUCUUGAUUUUUUGAUCUUCCCUGGCGCGUACUUCUAAACUGCAUCUGAAAACAUGAAAGCGUAAUUCCUACAUACUUACUGGAAGCUGAAAACUUAUCAGGCCUCGUGGUUCAUCCGCAGGAGGACAGCAAAUGUCCACACUGACGCCUGUUCCUGAGGAGUCUCCAGAGUCCCGAAGUAGGCCACCGCCGGCGGAGCACAAGUUUUUAGCUUCCACGCCCCGUCGAAAGAAAAGCAAGCACGGAGAUGACGACUUGCUCGCAGGGCUGGAGCUUGCUCCGCUAAAUAAGAACGCCACGACGAGCGAUUUAUCGGCUGGCAGUACACGAGGAGCGCUGGAGCCUACUGGUAAAGAUAAGGAGCAGUGCUUGCAUGUUCAUGGUGGCAUGCAUGUCGAUUUCCGCGGAAGCAAGAGAAAUGACAGGGUAUGAUCAUGCGAAAACGAGGCAUGCUGAGGCGAUAAAUUCUGUACCAUGUACGUAAAGCUAAGAACCGAAACCAAGAUAAACUUCUGCAAACAGGCAUCGUUUCCGGUCAUUUGCGCGUGUCAGGCGUAAACCAGUUUACGGCAGAGGCGGUACAGCAGUACCAGCUGGAGAACAAGGACAAGUCCCGUCGUGUCUCUUCUCGCGGAACGGUGACGGGCAAUAAGCGAUCUCCGAGUAGAGGGCGGUGCCGGAGCAAAAAAACCUCAAUGAUCGGCACCGCGAAGCCUCCGAGAGAGCCCAGCAUGCCAGAUUGCGGACACCAGGUUGCGCCCGGCGUAUUUGUCGGGCCGGAUGCGUUAUUCCGGCUUAUCCCCGCCGACAAAGUCGAACGCAAGGAGGAGGAGGGCUACGAAAAACACAACACUGACGACGUGCUCACCUGGAAAAAGUACAUUCUGGACAAUUGCAUCACGCACGUUCUGAGCAUCGCAGAUAUCACCAUCGACCGGGAGCAACACCCGAACUGCGUCAAGGUCAAGGAAGUCCCGGGCAUGGCGGACAAUGAGAAAACGCCACUGCACACCAAAUUUUCCGAAAUCAUUCCCUUCAUUCAUGCGGCAAUCCGACCGCUUGCGCUUGGCGAGAGCACACCGCAGCAACUGGGGAAAAUCGCGGUGACAAAAUGGAACGAUCUCGUGCUGCAGCCGUUUCGCGCGCGCCAGAACCCUCCGCAGCUGCAGGGAACGAACAUCAACGACGCUAUCAGCGAGCUGUUGUCGCAGAAGUUAGCAGAAGCGACGAGCACACCAGUGGUGGAUGGCGCCGAUGCGGAUGUCGCAAAGGCGUCGAAUGUCGGGGACCACAGAGUUGCAGAAGAACAAGAAGAAACAGGAACCGGACAAGCGAGCAAAAAGCGAAAAGUAUCAAUGGCGCAGCAGCACCAGGCAGCGGCGAGCAGCACGGCUGCGGCUACAAAGAAAGGCAAAAGGUCGCGCUCACCGAGCAAAGUAGUAGCACUACCAGCUGGAGCUGCAAUGCUAGAAGCCGAGCCGGAGCAAAUCGAGCAAGCUGCACGCCCGGAAGGGGGAGGAGCAGGCGAAAAAGAAGAUGAUGUCAGCAACGGCAGGACUCUGCUGUAUAUCCACUGCCAUCAGGGAUGUAGUCGGAGUGCGACGCUGUGGAUGGCGUACGUUAUUUGUGUCUGCCAGGUGCCGAGUCUCGAAUUGGUCCUCCACUCCGCGCAGCAAGGUCGGUAUCUCGUGUGCCCGAAUGACGGCUUCUUGACCCAGCUCAACGACUUCAUCACUAAACCCGGUCGGCGUGAGAAGAUUCGCGAGGGGCUCGAGGACGCCGAUUUGGUCGGUGCGUGGCUCGCAAAGUACUUUCAGCAACGGUUCGACGAGCAAACAUUUUUCGACGACGCCAGCCACCCAUCGCUUUCUGAGCGUGAGCACCUUUUUAACGUGAGAAUCAAACACCCGCCCUUUACGCUGAAGGAGGAGGAUCAGGUUUACAUGACGAUGGACAAGGAGAAGGUUUUCCGCAACUACGAGGCCUGGCGCAGCAUUCACCUCAAAUUGCAGCCCGGCUCGCCUGCGUCGCCACCGCCGCGCGACUACAGGGAACAAAUGCGCAACAGUUCUGCAAAACAGGGCGGCUCCGGUGCCGCGCCGCCCUCGUCUGCCGGGUCUGGAAAAAUGAAAAGCCGGUCCCGAACUCCGUCGAAACGCUGAUGCUAGUGGUGGCGCGUUUUCUCGUGCUGUCGUGAUGACCUGAUUUGUUACCCAUCGCGGCGACGUGCCAUAUCUAUGACUCUACGAACACCAAUGUAAAGAUAGGACUUCUAGGUGCAUUUCGCUUCUUCAUCAUACCCAAGAGAACUAUAGACUGCAACCAACUAGACCAAAGACCUGACGCUCAAGGAGACCCCAAACCUAUAGGGCUCUAAUCAAAAGCGUAUCUCGACGGGACUACAACUUUUGAGACCUAAAAGGAGACCCCAAAGGAGACCCCUGACCUCUAGAGGCCCGAUUUCUGGCGAGCUCUUUUCUUCUUCCAAACGCGAUCUAAUUCUGCAGACGAGACCUCAAAGGAGACCCCAAAGGAGACCCCUGACCUCUACAGGUCAGGAAUCCGGCGAGCUUUUUUCGAGAGCUAGACACGAUGGCAUUCCACAAAGGAGACCCCAAAGGAGACCCCCGACCUGUAGAGGUCUCCCAUAUUUUUUUUUGAAUCGCAGGCGCCAAUGGCCUAAAGGAGACCCCAAAGGAGACCUCCACCCUCUAGAGGUUCGAGGUCUCCUUUUCGUCAGAAUUUAGUCUGUUUUCGUGUUUUCAAAAGCAUCGCUUUCGAGCUGUAUUUUCGCAGAAUAGAGUGCGGCUUUCGUGUUUUCAAAAGCGCGCUUUUUUAUUCGGGCGCGCUUUUGGCUUCUACGUUCUCUGGCGUGUUUGAAAGAUCUGACGUGGCCUGCCGCUACUACUUUGCCGGCGCCCCCGCCUUCCUUCGCCGGCCUGUUGCCUGGUCCACUUCUUUGGGCAACUGCCACGAGCAGCGCUGGCGCUUUCUGCCCCCACCCCGCCGAGUGCAUUCGCCCCACGUGCCGCUGCCAUGCUUGCACCUGGCUGCAGUGGCGGGCGCCCCAGCGGGCGACAGGCUGCAGGGGCGCGCUUCCCCGUCCCAGACGCACGCGCCUACCCAAGUCACCAUAUGAAUUUUCUUAACAGUCCCUGUCCCGGCCCUCGCCCAGAAUUCCCACACGCCGCCGCCCUCUGGUAAAUGAUUCUCAGCCCUCGCGCGGUUUCUGUCUCCAACGCUUUGAGGCCUGCGCAUUCGCCUCCUGAGAACGAAGGAUCAGGGCCGCGGGUUUUUCCUUGUCCUUCGGAUACAUAUUUACCUGCCAAGCUGGGCUCGCUGAAGCGCAACCGCAGAAGCAGUGUCUCCCCCUCACCCCGCACCGAAAGACGAGGGCACAAGCGCGAGGCCGCGCGCAACGAACGCGGUGCGGUCCGUGCGGCGAGGCUCAUCUAGCUAACAUGUCGCCACGCAACCCAAUCGCCCGCCCCCGCAAUUAUAGCGCCGCGCGCACCCGACCAAAGCGCGCAGCGUGCAUCGCCUUCAGGCGGGCUGCUGUUAUUUUCGCGAAGGCGAGAGAGGCAGGCUUGCGGGGCCAGGCGGGAAUUAGAUUCGGGCUUGGGGGGUCUCCGGGCAGGACCAGGAGCGCGCCGCAAGGCAGACUUCGGGCAGCGCCCCUGCCUGACUGGGCCGCCCUGGAGCCAGCUUCCGCGCCGGUGGCGGUCCUGGCCCUAGCGUUCAGGCUGGGGGAAGUAAGUGUUGCGUAGUAUGGGCACUCCCUGCGGCGUCAGCUGCCGCCGAGUCGCCUGCGCUGCUUCUGGUUUUGCAAGUGCUAUGGAGUGACCCCAUGGCGGCGCGCUCGCAUGGCGUCUUUUUCCUCCGGUGGCAGCAAUGCACCGCGAGGCGGCUUGGCCCCAGUGUGCCUGCCGGCCUGUCGUGCAUGGUGGCACAGAUGCCAGCAAGCCUCAUGCGCGUCGGCCCUGCACAAAAAAACCGGGCCGCCUCAAUGUCGGCCCUGUGUGGAUACAAAUGUGCGCGCUCAUAUUUUUCGAAGCCGCAGCGCGUUCAUAUUUUUCGAAAAUGCGAGGGGUCCUAGUUUUUUUCUUAGUAUUUUCUGUUUCUUGUAAUAUACCGACGCGUGCUAUUGCUAACGGUGAACGCCAAGCGCGCUCUUCCGCCUUACAGUCCUGGCCCCCUUGAGCGCGGUCAUUCUCUAGUUAUGUGGAAUAUUCCGCGCCGUUGUGCCCCCUCCACGGCGGCGCGAGAUCCAGAUACAUUUGCUCUCGUCUCUCUCCAUGGACGAGAAUGAAGAAGCAAAUCCAAAUCAAUAGAAUCCUGUACGCUGUUGUUAACUUGAAGCUCAAGGUGGAGCGAUGCAAGGCAAGAGCACGAACAUGAAGAUGAAAACUUAAACUACGCCCAGGCUCAGAGAAGUCACAGUGUGCGUUCUCUCGCUGUCUUGCUACGUCUUCUUCUUUUGCUUUUCGGUGGGUCGACAACCGAUGUAAUGAUUUUCUGUGAUACUGAUAUUCUCGACUUGCAAUGAGAAUGAAUUGGCCUGCGCGAUCGACGGAGGGCCCUGACCCUGUGAUUCAUUUUCUGGGUUGAGUUGUGUCUUGGAGAAGUAGCGGCGCUGUCCCUCAAGAGCUUGAGCUUGUGGUCUUCGCAAUCAAGUAGAACGAAACUUCAUGUACUUAAAGUCAAAUAAACUAAAAGCAAGUAUACACAUUUUGGAAAGUAGCAUCAAUUACGAUCUUAGACAGCAUACUAUGAACAAGAAGAAAUUACAUCGUGGAGGUCGUGAUAGUAUGGGCCCCGUUUUGCCGACCGGCAAUUUUGCCCCGUCAGCGUAGUCAUUGUUCCCCUUCGAGGACGAGCUGCACUUUCACUUCUGAAGGCUCUUCUGUCCGUGCGGAAUCUUCACUGACGAGUCAUGUAAGUGUGAUGUAUGUACCUGUGAAGUAGUACAUCCGAUGCGCUUGCGGAAGGAGGCCCUGCAACGUCU